CCGGAUUGAAACCUCCCUUCCCGUUGGCUUCAGUUCUUUUCUCCCUCCUCCUCCUAAUUCACCAUGUCUGACGAUAUUGUUCCCCUUGUCAUCGACAACGGCUCCGGCAUGUGCAAGGCCGGCUUCGCCGGUGACGACGCCCCCCGCGCCGUCUUCCCUUCCAUCGUCGGUCGCCCCCGCCACGUCGGUGUCAUGGUCGGCAUGGGCCAGAAGGACUCCUACGUCGGUGACGAGGCCCAGUCCAAGCGUGGUAUCCUCACCCUGAAGUACCCGAUUGAGCACGGUAUCGUGACCAACUGGGACGACAUGGAGAAGAUCUGGCACCACACCUUCUACAACGAGCUGCGUGUUGCCCCCGAGGAGCACCCCGUCCUGCUCACCGAGGCCCCCCUCAACCCCAAGGCCAACCGCGAGAAGAUGACCCAGAUCAUGUUCGAGACCUUCAACUCCCCGGCCUUCUACGUUGCCAUCCAGGCCGUCCUGUCCCUGUACGCUUCCGGCCGUACCACCGGUAUCGUCAUGGACUCCGGUGAUGGUGUCUCCCAUACCGUCCCCAUCUACGAGGGUUACGCCCUGCCCCACGCCAUCCUUCGUCUGGAUCUGGCCGGUCGCGAUCUGACCGACUACCUGAUGAAGAUCCUGACCGAGCGUGGCUACUCCUUCACCACCACCGCCGAGCGUGAGAUCGUUCGUGACAUCAAGGAGAAGCUGUGCUACGUCGCCCUGGACUUCGAUGCCGAGAUGCAGACCGCUGCCUCUUCCUCCACCAUCGAGAAGAGCUACGAGCUCCCUGAUGGCCAGGUCAUCACCAUCGGCAACGAGCGCUUCCGCUGCCCGGAGGCCCUCUUCCAGCCCUCUUUCCUGGGCAUGGAGCAGGCUGGUAUCCAUGAGGCCACCUACAACUCCAUCAUGAAGUGUGACGUCGAUAUCCGUAAGGAUCUGUACGGCAACGUCGUCAUGUCUGGUGGUACCACCAUGUACCCCGGCAUUGCCGAGCGUAUGCAGAAGGAGAUCACCCAGCUGGCUCCCUCUUCCAUGCGCAUCAAGAUCGUCGCCCCCCCCGAGCGCAAGUACUCCGUCUGGAUUGGUGGCUCCAUUCUUGCUUCCCUCUCCACCUUCCAGCAGAUGUGGAUCUCCAAGCAGGAGUACGACGAGGCCGGUCCCUCCAUCGUCCACCGCAAGUGCUUCUAAGCGCCUCGUGUGCUUGGCAGCGCGCCGGCGCGAGCCGCCGGUCGUUGGCCGAAGGACUCCGGCUGUGGUGCCGGCCCCGGCGGCGGGUGCCUCCUCUUGUCGGCCGCCUCGGGCCGCCGCUGCUCGCGGACAGCCCGCGUGCGCGCGCCCCGGCGGCCGCUGGCCCUGCCCCCGGUCGGCCCCACGGUCGCCCUCUCCUUCCUGGCGGAGGAGUGAGGGGAUCCCCUUGCUCUCUCCCUCUCUCGCGGUGGCUUAGGAUCUUCGAGCCUUUUUGGCGCGGGCGGGUGCCCCCCCGCGCAUGCUUGUGCCUCUUUGGCUCUCUUAAUACACACCUUGA